AUGGAGUGUGGACGUCUCACGAACGGACUAAGGUGGCGCGCAUUUUCGCCCGACUCGUUAGAUGUUAACAUGUCCGUGGAAAUUGAGGACUAUUCUGGAGACGAACACUAUACGGCCAGUGACAAUUAUCUAAUAAGUUUCCCGGAGAGCGAUCCCGAAUCGGUAAAUGAUAUUAACACGCAGAUAUCUAAUGAUGCAGAUGUCACAAACGAAGCUCCUAAACUUCUUAAUCGUUGUUAUGAAAACCCUCUUUUCAUCCCGGCCAGCAAAGUUUUAAAAGACGAGCUAAGUGAUGGCGGGGACAGUGAAGAACUAAUGAAGAGUGAAGCAAAAAAGUUUGAGGAUUAUAAGUUCUGCGAGGCAGUUAACGACUUCGACAUAGACUUGGAAGCGGGGGAGGCCGUGCCUAUAGUGUACCUGGCGACGACGCGCGCCGCGCGCCUUCAGAGAGCACUGCGUCUCGCCGGAUACAAAAAGGAUGAAAUCAAAAUGUCACAAAAAUAA